GCUCAAGGAGACAGUGCGGGAUUGCAGCACCAAGAGAACUCUUGGAAGGGGCUGUAGAGCACUGCUGUGCAGGAGGUGACGCCUGGGUGACGCCUGGGUGUCCGUGUGUUCCCACCUUGGCCCCAGAGCACUGCACCUGUGAGGCUGAGCUACUGAGGUGAUGGAUUUUGACCUGCUGGACUUCCCAAUUGGGUUCAGGAUCCAUGUGAAACCCAGAUCCAAGCCUGUCUUCUGCAGGGGAAAGCUGGGGGAAAAGCUUCAAGGUCCAUGUCUUUAUUACUCCCUGGAUGAUCCCUACAGCCACCACCUCAGCAUAGACUACAACUGCCUGCAUGACCCCCACCUGCGGGACUACCACCAUCGCAAGGAUGUCCUGAAGUUGCUGAGGAGACAGGGCUUUGUCACCCGUGACAAUAACGUAGGUUUGGGUGUCGGGCUGAUCAAGAACAGCCCUCUCCAA